AGUGCCUGGAAAAAACUCUGAGUCUGCGCUGCAUCCAGGUCCUGGCGCAAUGUGCUGAAGCCCACACAGGCUCGAGCCAUCAGCUAUGCAGGAAGCAGUCAUCCUGCUGCUGCUCCUAGAGGCCGCGUCAGGAGGAGAAGCGCUACACUUCGUCCACUUACCUGCCUCCAGCAACGUGGCAGAGAAUUCUCCCCCUGGGACUUUGGUGCACAAGUUUUCUGUGAAUUUGUCAGUGUCAUUGUCACCUGUGGCCCCAGGAUUUCCCAUGAUAAUCAACUCAAGUCCACUCACUGAAGCCUUCAGGGUGAACAGGCUGUCAGGCACUCACUUUGAGGUCGUCACCUUUGGGAAGCAACAACUGGAUUUUGAAACAGGACCGAAUACAUUUGAUUUGCAGAUUUAUGUUAAAGACGGGGUCAGGGUCACUGAUCUGCAGGUCCUGACUGUCCAGGUGACAGAUGUUAAUGAGCCACCUGAGUUUCAAGGCAACUUGGGAGAAGGUACAGGUUUAGACCUCUUCAUAGCAGAAAGAACGAACCCCGGAUUCAUUUACCAGGUCGAGGCCUUUGAUCCAGAGGACACAAGACGACACAUGCCCCUCAGUUAUUUCCUGACUUCUCCCUCAAGGAGCUUCAGCAUGUCUGCCAAUGGCACUCUCUUCUCCACAACGGAACUGGACUUUGAAGCAGGACACAAGAGCUUCCACCUGACUGUGGAAGUGAGGGAUAGUGGAGGCCUCAAAGCCUCCACAGCACUCCGAGUGACCAUUGUGAAUAUCAACGACGAGAUCCCAUUCUUCACCAGCCCGACGCGUGUGCACUCCAUCCCGGAGGAGCUGCGCGUGGGAACCAUCGUGGCCAAUGUCACAGCUGAGGACCCCGACAAUGAUGGCAGCUUUCCCAGCCGCCUCCUGUACACCAUCACGACAGUCAGCAAGUACUUUGUGAUCAACCAGUUGACUGGUACAAUCCACGUGGCCCAGAGGAUAGACCGAGAUACAGGGGAAUUAAGACAGAAUCCCACCAUUUCCCUGGAAGUUCUGGUGAGGGACAGACCCACUGGAGGCCAGGAAAACCGCAUCCAGAUAACCUUCAUUGUGGAAGACAUCAAUGACAACCCAGCUACCUGCAAUAAGCUCACCUUCAGCAUUACGGUAUCCGAAAGACUGGCCAAUGGAACAAUGCUCCUGGACCUGAGCAAGUUCUGCUUUGACAGUGACAGCGAAGCCCCACACAAUGCAUUCAACUUCACCGCGCCAUCUGGAGCGGGGAGCAGCCGCAGAUUUUUACAGGAUCCAGCUGGCUCUGGGAAAAUCAUGUUGAUUGGUGAUCUCGACUACGAGGAUCCCAGCAAUCUAGCUGCCGGCAAUCAGUACGCUGUGGUAAUCCAGGUGCAGGAUGCAGCCCCUCCUUAUUACACAAAUAACAUCCACAUUUCUAUCUUAACAAGCCCGGAGAAUGAGUUUCCUCUUGUCUUCGAGAGGCCAUCCUAUGAGUUUGAUGUGUCAGAGGUAAGACCAGCUAGAACCCAGGUUGGACAGGUGCGAGCAACGGAUAAGGACCUCCCCCAGAGCAGCGUCACGUACUCCAUCUCCAGCGGAGGGGCCAGCCCCCAGCACCCCAACAUAUUUUGGAUUAAUCCCAAGACGGGGGAACUCCAGCUAGUAACUAAGGCAGACUAUGAAACCACCCCCACCUACACUCUCAGAAUCCAGGCCACCAACGGCGAGGACACAAGCUCUGUCACUGUUAUUGUGAACAUCCUCGGAGAAAAUGAUGAAAAGCCACUGUGCACCCCCAACUCUUACUUCCUGGCCGUCCCGGUGGAUCUGAAAGUUGGCACAAAUAUUCAGAAUUUCAAGCUCACAUGCACUGACCUUGACUCCAGCCCCAGAUCCUUCCGUUACACCAUUGGCCCAGGGAACAUCAACAGCCACUUCGCCUUCUCUCCCAGUGCCGGCUCUAAUGUUACGCACCUGCUGCUCACAUCCCGCUUUGACUAUGCCAGUGGCCUGGACAAGAUCUGGGACUACAGACUGCUCAUCUUCAUAACUGAUGAUAACUUGCUGUCAAGCAGGACGAAAGCUGUGGCACUUGUGCAGACGGGAACCGUGACACUGAGUGUUAAGGUCAUUCCCUACCCAACUACCAUCCUCACAACAACUCCCAUGCCCAGGAUCACCUAUCAGCUCUUCAGGGAGAACGCAUACUCCCCAUCGGCAUGGUACGUGCCUUUUGUCGUCACUCUGGGCUCCAUGCUGCUCCUGGGCUUCCUGGUGUCGCUGAUCAUCCUGCUGGGCAAAGCCAUCUCCAGACACUGCCCCUGCAACACCGGGAAGAGCAAGAAAGCUCUGGCGAAGACAGGAAUCACCGACAUGAAGCAGGUGAAGACAGCAGUCGUGGUGGAAACUGUCCAGAUGAACACUGUCUUUGAUGGAGAAGCUGUGGACCCAGUGACUGGGGAAAUAUAUGAAUUCAACACAAAGACUGGAGCCAGAAAGUGGAAAGAUCCCCCAGCUCAGAGGCCAGCAAGGAAGGAGCCCAGCGCCCCGGGAACUGCAGCUACCACCUCACGCAGAGUCAUGGCUGGUGAAGGGCCAGGGCUGCCCGGCAGCAUCAGGCAGGAAGGAGGCCAGCCAAGGAGCAAAGAGCAUGCCUAGGGUGCCGGUCUGGGUGUCAGAAGCCAGGAUGGCAAACCGUGCACGCUGAAGCACAGAAACUGAGCCCUCACACACAGGGCACCCUCUAGGCUGCACUCGGCCAAGUGUAGUACCAGGCCAGCUCCCACGGCAGGGGUCCCCACGUCUUCCAAAAUCCACAUGUGCAAAGAUGGGGGCUGAAGGCAUUCAGCAUCCAGGGGGAAUGCAAUGCUUCAGUAAAUUAAAAACAAACAACAACAACAGAAAGGGGCUGGAUCGAUCACAUAGUUGCUUCUUUGUGCGAUGGCCAGGAGAAACAUGCCUUGAGGCUCAGAACUCCUGGGCUUCUGAUCCAUAGGGACUGCUGGGUUCUGGGCGCAGAAUUGCCCUGUUCUGUCCUUGCAUCGGCCUCCAGAGAGCUCUCUUCAGUUUAACACAGGACUUUCUGACCCUUGCACCUGAUUGCAUCUAGGAUCCUUACCUGAGCAUCCCCAGCUUCACCCAUAAAUACCUCUGUGAGUCACCUCAGGUCUUCUCAAAAGUAGAGCAUGAAAAAAUGAGCCAGCGAGCUGCUCUUCAGAGGAUCAGAAGGCACAACAAACUCCUCCUUUUAUCCCUUUCUUACUGAGGUAUGACUUAUGCUGACGAAAAUGCACAGAGCUGAGGUACUUAGCCGGACCCUAUGUAGACAUCCCAUGUGGUAAGCACCAUUCUGAGCUUCAUGAUCACAAAGUGGUUUUGUACUCUUGAGUUUCACAUAAAUGGAUCUGUGCGGUGUGCACUUCUGUGACUGGCUGCCUUCUGUGUCUCUUAGCUGGGCCCCUGUGGCACUGUGUAGCACUGGCCUAGUUUUCUACACUGCUGCGUCUGGUGCCCCUGGCAGACUAGGCUGCAAUUUACUUAUCCAUUCACUUCAGUUUCAUUUCAAACUUUUUUACUGUUAAGAGUUACAGCACUACAAACAUUUUUGUACUUGUAUUUUGGUGAACAUAAACAUUCAUUGCUUCUGAGCAUAUAUAUCCAGGAGGGGGGUUGCUGGGGCAACUGUUGUAGACCUCCAAGGAACCCCAAGGUUGUGGCUCCAGGAUUCAUGCCAGCAGCAAUGACUCAGAGUUC